GUCUCUCUCAAAACGCGCUUAUGGCUGCAGGCUACAUUUUUUACCGGUUUUCCUUUUUUUAUUUAAUAAACAAUAUAUAAAGCGGUCCUACCGACCGGUCCUUUUCUUACGAGAGCAAGCCUAACGAGAUGCUACUACGGUGCAUACGUUUCCUUCUUUGUACUCUUAUCCUUGUAGUGGUUGGUGCCUCUUGUGAUGUACUUUUUCGUCAAAAUGUACGUUCAGAACAGCCAGCAACUCCCGCAUUGCCGUUCCCCACUUGCAACUCCAAUGACAUCGAGUGUUUGCGACGAGGGCUACGGACCUUUUUCAUCCUAAUGGACAGUGGUUACGUGGGUAUGAAGCCUAUUGACCCGGUCAUCGUAAACAGUGUCGCAAUCUCUCUUCCUGAAGAACAGACCUCCUUUUUAUUACGAAGAGCUAAUGUCACAGGAACGAAGUGGACGCGGUUAGCUGAUAGAAAAUUUUACUUACGCGGCGGCAAAAGUGGAGUCACGUUCAACACAGACCUACACGUAACUGGAGAAUUUACUAUGUUGAUGGCUUCACGACUUGAACCAUACAUCGCUCAUUUAACAAUGGAUAUAGAGAAUGUUGAAACCAAUAUCACAUAUAAUUGGUUCAGUGAGCGUAGAAUAGACAAAGAAGAUUAUAUCUUUAUCGGACCAGAGCGAAUAGCUGUAAGAAACAUGCGACUUCCAACGUUCUUCCUGCAACCAAACUCUGAAGACUCCAGCAUCAUUGAACACAUGUUACAAUCAAAACAAUCAAUUCUAGACCAUAUAUCAAAUGAAAUAACAGCAGCCGUGAUGCACGAUGUAGUUGAUAAUUUUAGACUGUUUGCUAGUAAAGUACCAAUAAAGUAUUAUUAUAAUUAUUAGCUCAAUGUUUUUUUU